UAUUUGCUGCACCGCAGUCGUCGAACGUAUGCGAUCCAUUCGUACUGAACCAUAUCAUAUUUAAUUGUACACAAGUAAACAGUUUCGUCUUGUGUUUGCGUGAGAUUGCGUGCGAUUAGAUUCAGUUUAAGUUCCAUGCAAUAUGAACGGUCUAAUUAUUUAUUCGGAGUGACAUUAUCAGGUACGGAUCAUCCGAGGAAGGAAUAAAUGUAUAUACAUAGAUUCAACGACGGCGAACAGUGCACGGCUGGUAACAUUACACGAGCUGACAUACCACCAAACCAUCAGCUAUUGCGUCGACCGCCGAGUGUCGUCUUGGUCACUCUCGGUAUCCGGCGGGGCAGGAUGAAGGAGGUGCUGUUGGUGGCCCUGUUGUCCGUCGUCUGGUCGCUGCAACCGAUCGGCACGGCGGACGUCGCGCACGUCAAAACACCCAAAACGCCCAAAACGGCCGCGCCCGCGCCCGAAGCUAGGGCCAACGACGACGGCAACGUCCGGUCGCCACCGUCGUCCGCCUCGGUGUCCGACGGCGCCGGCGGUGACAUCAACGGCACGUCGCCGUGCGACCGGUACCUCAGAUCGGCCGAGGUGGAGGUGCGGAAGCCGCGGAACCACAAAUUCGUCACGUCCAACGGCUGGGCCGAACGGCAGCGGCCCCGGCCCGAGAUCAGCGUGUACUCGCGCGUCGAAGAGAUCCCGCCGCCACAGCCUCCGGCGGCGACGGCCGCGUUCUACCAUCAGCAGCAGGACAGCAGCUUUUACCAGCACUCGCGCCAGCAGCAGCAACCGGCCGUGCAGAGGACGUCCAAGCGGAUCAUAUAUUACGCGACGUUGCCGGACGUGAUCCGGGCGCCGGCCGGUUACCCGCCGCCCGCCGCGGCCGAUCCGUACGCGCUCGGACCGGGACCGUUUUCUGCCGACUUCCGGCAACUGCAGCAGGACUCAAGCAGGAAAGCGCCGCCGGACAGUUUGCAGCGCAACCGAUUGACGUCCUACGAGAAUACCUACAACCGCGGUGGAGUCGGUGGCGGCGGUGGUAAUGGCGUUACGUCCGUCACGUCCAAGACGACGGCUUUGUACAACAGUAGAUAUGACGAACCGGCCGAAUUCCGUGAAUCGUAUUACCGACCCAACGAGCUAACGUCCAAGUACGCCUCGUGGGCUGAACCAUUCUACAAGAGCUGGACGUCGUCACCUUGGGAUAAGGACCGGACAUCGUUCAGCAACAACAACAGAGGUUCGCCAACGUUCUCGUGGGACAGGGAACCGCUAACCAGGGGUGGUGGCUCGUGGGACAGAGAGCCGCUUAAUAGAGGCAGCGGCGGUUCGUGGGACAGGGAGCCGCUUGGUGGGGACGGUGGUAGUCCGUGGGAUAACAGAGGUUCGUCGUGGGAUAAUAGAGGUUCGUCGUGGGAUAAUAGAGGCGCAACUUGGGACAAGGAUCUGGUCGAAGUGCCGUUGCAAAAGCCCAACAGAGGCGGCGUAGACGGCGGCGGCGGUGGUGGAAGUAACAACUUAUUCAACAAUAACAAGUAUCCGGAAGUAGCGGUAGUCCAUUCCGGAGUGAUCGACGUAAGGGGUGAUGGGCAACAAAACAGAUCACCACAUCCUGCGCCGCCGCCGAGGUUCACGAUCAUCGACGUCGAUCCAAAACCGUACCGCGAACAGCAGCCACCGACGAUGCGGUACGACGAGCGCAGCAAGCCAAUGGUGCAGCCAAACGUGCGGUACGAACCACAACAAAAACCGAUGCGGUACGAAGCGUAUAUGCCGAUGCAGCCGCACACGCGCUUCGAACAGCAACAGCCGAUGUCGCCGCCACCGUCCAUGCGGUACGAACAGCAAUAUCGAUCUCCACAACAGCAGCAGCAGUCGCCGCCGACCACUCGGUACGGGCAACAACAACAACAACAACAUCAAUCACAGAACAAUCAGCCGUCUAACGGUUAUUACGAGAGUAUAAAGAACAAUAUAAACACUCAUCAGUUCAUGACAAGUUGGACGGAAGUAUCGACUCAAGACGAAGUAUCACCCACGCACUCCGUUAGCAUAGAUAUUGCUUCGGUCGGUAAUUCUACUAGCACUCAAAACAGCACCAGAAUCACUCCAAAUACAAAUACUACAAAAAUACCAAAAUGAAAGUUGUUAAUAAAAUAUGUAUAUGUA